UGUAGUCUCAACUCUCUUCUCUCAUAACCCUAGAAACCAAUCCCCCACACAAGAAAAGGUUAACAUGAAAAUCUCAAUUUAUAUCGUUCUUACCAUUCUCUUCAUUUCGAUGGCAUGUUAUAAGAUACAAUACACUGAAGCAAGACAGUUGCGAGAAACCGACAGUGCAGAUCGUGAACAACAUUUCACAGCCGGUAAUACUGAAGAUUUUGGGCCUACUUAUCCGGGUAAUAGUCCGGGGAUUGGUCAUAAAUUAAAGGAGAAUAAUGAAAUAGCAGAAGGGUUUAAAGAUGACAUCAAGCCUAUGACACCAGGACAUAGUCUCGGCUCUGGACAUGUUGUCAACAAUGAGCUUAAGGCGUAGAAAAUGUUCUAAUAUUUAAGCACACUUCUUGGUUGAUUUUACUAAAGUAAUAUGUAUUUUAUAUUACUGCGUUAAGUAAGUUUAAUUUAUUGUAUGUAGUGUACGAUAUUUCAUUUGUAAGUUUGGUUG